AUCCCCUCCCUCUCUUCUCCUUCGACCCUUAUUAGACUCUCGCAUACCCGCGAUUGUUUCCUCGCUCGCUCCAAAACCCUAGCUCCACCGCUCCCUCCUCCUCCUCUCCUUCCUCUACCCCGUCGCGCUAGCUAGGGUUUCUUUGCCCUCUCCUCGGCGACGCCAAGGGAGCGAGGUGAGAUGUACGCCGAUCAGAUCGCGGCGGCGCGGAAGAGAUCCAUCAAGGAUCGCCUCAACGGCGACCUCCCCGACGAUUUCGCGCCGAUCAGGCAAGGAGGCGUGAAAAGGCAACGCCAAAGUGAUGACAAAUGGAAGCACGACCUUUAUCACGAUGAUGAAGAACCUCAAACCUCAAAGUCCAUUGGUCCGAGGGAUCUAAGGCUGAAGCUUCAGAAGAAAGGCUCCCAACAAUCAUCUAUCAGCGUGAGGGAUUCAGGGGUCCGAGAUCUUCGUGAAAAGCUUUCUGGCAUUAUGCACUCACAGCCACCAAGUAGAGAUAUCCCUUCAAAAACCAAGUCAGAGCCAGAGGUUGCCAAGCUCUCGAGAUAUGAACCUCCUAUAGAUGCGCCUGCACCGGAAACUAAGAAGAUCUCCAAACCAACUUCAUCUAAGAAGACAUCUCAGCAGAAGCCUGAAUCGUCAGUUGAUGGUUUCCUGAGGUCCCUAGGCCUCGAGAAGUAUUCCAUAACUUUCCAAGUAGAGGAGCAGGUCGACAUGACGGCUCUGCUUCACAUGACAGAUGAGGAUCUCAAGGCUCUCGGAGUUCCGAUGGGUCCGAGGAAGAAGAUUCUUUUAGCCUUGGAAUCCAAAGCAUUCUGAAUAACUGAGAUAUGGGAAAGAGGAGGAAGCAGGUAAAUCCCAUGAUCAACAGGUUCCUUGCUCUUCCGACGGGAUGUGACAGAGAUGAGUCAGAGUCGACAGGAUGUGCUGCAGGAUCGGCAGAUUCGAAAUUGUAUCGUGCACUGGGGUACCGUUUGGUACGGGUACAAGCAAGAACUAACUAUUAUAGAAAUAGAUAUAAGUAUGGAGAUAAGAAAAAUAGCGUUUGGAUGAAAAUUGGGUUGUUUCUGGAGAUAAGAAAAAUAUCGUUUGGAUAGAUAAUAUAGAAUAAGAAAAAUAUUAUAUAGUUUUAUAUAGAAAAUAGAGGUGUUGGUAGGGAUAAUUAUAACCGGUUAUUAUAGGUAACCGAGAACUGCUAUUCUUGGGUAAAAAAUUAGCGUUUGGGUAUAAAGGGAGGGAUAAGGGCCUAUCCCUAUCCCCUAACCAAACACGGCCUGAUCAUGAAUGUAUAA